AUGAGUUGGAAAAAAUUAGCAGAUUCAGAAAUAGAGCAAGCCCUUGAAGAAUUCUUUGAUUUUCCUGAAAGUCCUGAACAUUCUGAGGAUGAUUUGGAGUCAGAUGAUGAAGGAGAAACUCAAUACAGUACAGUCAAACUUCAGAGCAUUCUGGAGAGUCUCGACGCCGACACAGAAACUAUUUCUACACCGUUUUUGGAAAGCCAUAAUAGCUCUCAACCAUCUGUAUCGGAAACUGAAUUCGACUGCCAGCCUUUGUAUUCAGUUCAAGAAAUUUGUAUUCCUGGUUCAUCUUCAAGCCGAGUAAUGGGAUCCCGACCUUCGACUGGUCCUAGUAAUACUGUCAAAUCGUCUACAUUAACCUCCUCUUCUGUUCUUGAUGAUACAAGUAGUGAAUUUGAUAAAGAUCAAUCCGACGGCUAA